GCGAGCUGGCUUCCUCCUGGCCGCUGGCGGGGUGAGGGGAAGCCGGGGCAGUCCGGGAGCAAGCGGAGGCGCGGCGGCGGCUCCUGUCGGCUCCGGCAGGACUGACUGACCGCGGGCGGGCGGCUCGCGCGGCGGAAGGCGCGGGAGGCCGGAGCUUAUUUAAUGAAAAGUACCAUCGACCGAGAAACCAAGCAUGAGGGUAGCAGGAGCUGCAAAGUUGGUGGUAGCUGUGGCAGUAUUUUUACUGACAUUUUAUGUUAUUUCUCAAGUAUUUGAAAUAAAAAUGGAUGCAAGUUUAGGAAAUCUAUUUGCAAGAUCAGCACUGGACACAGCUACACGUUCUACAAAGCCUCCUAGAUAUAAAUGUGGGAUCUCAAAAGCUUGUCCUGAGAAGCACUUUGCUUUUAAAAUGGCAAGUGGAGCAGCCAAUGUUGUGGGACCCAAAAUCUGCCUGGAAGACAAUGUUUUGAUGAGUGGUGUUAAGAAUAAUGUUGGAAGAGGGAUUAAUGUUGCCUUGGCAAAUGGAAAAACAGGAGAAGUCUUAGAAACUAAAUAUUUUGACAUGUGGGGAGGAGAUGUGGCACCAUUUAUUCAGUUUCUGAAGGCCAUACCGGAUGGGACGAUAGUCCUAAUGGGCACCUAUGAUGAUGGAGCAACCAAGCUUAAUGAUGAAGCACGAAGGCUUAUUGCUGAAUUGGGGAGUACAUCUAUAACCAGUCUUGGUUUUAGAGACAACUGGGUCUUCUGUGGUGGGAAGGGCAUUAAGACAAAGAGCCCUUUUGAACAGCACAUAAAGAACAACAAGGAUACAAACAAAUACGAAGGAUGGCCUGAAGUUGUGGAGAUGGAGGGGUGCAUUCCCCAGAAGCAGGACUGAGGGGAGCGUGAGAGAUGGAAGGAAGCGCACUUCUGUUACGGGAGAGCUCUACAGAAGAGACCACGUGUACAUAUUUUAAUAGCAUGCAGCUGUCUUGGCGUGUGCAUGAGCUUAUCUCUGCUGAUGUCAGGAUUAUUUAUUGCUAACGUAAAGAGCUGUCUUUGUAAAUAGUCUUCAUAUUGAGCAAAUCACAUUUUCAAAUACAUUCCCUAAAAGUACAAUGUUUAGACUGCUAUGGUAAUAGCAUACUUUAAUUCCAAAAGCAUAUACAAUGGAUAACUGAGCAGACACAUACAUACUGAUUGCUGUGGAAAUCUGUCAUAGAAUAACAGUGGCUUUUGGGGAGGAGGUUUGUUUAUAUAUCUAUAUAAAUAUCUGGCCUUCUGAGGACAGUAUCUUUUAAAUUAAAGAGAUUUGGCUUGUUGUAUGUGUAAUGCUGCAUUAGUCUGACUUUUGUUGUACCUCUUUUCUUAGUCUUUAUUUUCCCUUCCCAAGAAGCCAAGAAAUAAAAUGUUUGAUAUGAAAACUUAUAUCAGAUUUGUGAAAGGUACAGCACAUUCUUUUUUUAAUGCACAUAGUAUGUAAGUAUAGAUAGCAUUCAGAACCAUUGCUUAUUUUGUGUUAGCAAUGAAUAUACCUUGGUUUUGUGUAAGCUCUUAGAGUGAGGCUGGAGGUUGACUCCACAGAACUGGGGAACCAGGCCAAGUUCCCUCCCCAGUCUAAUUAGGUCAUUCAGGACACCUAAAGUAGUACAUUUACAACAAUAUAAGCCUAUGUUUUCCAUACUUAAAUGUCAUCAGCUUUAACCAAGUGGUUGGAAAAGAGGUAUUCUUUAAUGUCAUAAUAAUUUUGUUUUGUAAACCAAGAAAUUGUGUGUUUACAUCAUCUAACAUCAUAAUAGAAAUCGUGGCCCAAAAGUUUAAAGUCACAUUUAGAAAAGUCUUAAUGACUGAGCAGAUGGAUAACAGUUUUUAAAUAAUUUUGCUUUAUUCAAAAUGGCUUUAUGCUCAAUGCUAUGUAAGUACAUAGAUUAACUUUUUCCUAACCACGCUUGUUCAUUAAGUGACUCCAUUUCAUUUUACUUUUUAAUUUUUUAGGGCAUUCAUUAAAUCCUAUUGUGUAUGAAGUAUAUUAAACACAUGUUAUAUAUAUGAAGUAUCUUAAACUGGAAUAUAAAUAGACGCUGAAGCUGCCUUUCAGUUUAAGGAAGCACUUAAAUUCUCAACCUAAAUUUUAGAUGGCUUAUAUAAAAACCUAA